AAAAAAAAAAGCAACGAAGGGAACCGGAAAGCAUUUCCCAAACCUUCGAGAAAACAAUUGUUGUUCUCCUUUUUUUCCAAGGGUUUCUGCAUUUCUAAUUCCAAUUUCAAUUUCCAUUUCUGAACUUCCUUUGAAGUAUAUUAAAGUCUCUGCUACCAGUCGCUGAAGCGAGGGAUCCCGCAUCCGACCAAGUUUUUAACCAGUCGCCGGCGGGCCGUGAGCGCGAUGGGAACGGGCUUCCCAAAAAGCCAGCCUCGAUUCCAAGAGCUCCUCCACAAGCUAUUUCUGAUUUCAAUUCCAAUUUCUCUGAAGUUCCAAUUGAAGGUUCUCCUCGAUUUCAUUCUCAUUUCUGAUUGCAUGUUAAAUUAAAUGCAGUUUUUUUGACUGGUGGCAGUCAGUCUAGGCUCGGUGUUGCUCUCUCUGGUCAUUUUACUGGACUCCGGUGACGGCGUGGACAUUGUCCAGCGACCUCUGUAACUUCGAUAUCCCUCUCUAUUUCGAUUAUUGAAGAAGGUUCUUCUCGCUGGUAAACAGCGCUCUUCAUUGGAAUUGAUUUCAUCCUUCCACAGCUUUCAACAUUGGAAAGGUGUGGUUUUCUGAUGGUUUGCUGGCCCUUUUUUUUAUUUUCAAGGAUGAUCCUAUCUAGCUGUCAUACCUGCAGAUUAAAUUGAUGAACUUCAUUUGCUUUUAGAUCACCUAUGUGCAGAAUUUCUGUUAAGGCUUUUAUUUUUGUAUUUUAGUUAAUGCCACUGUGAGUCAUGCCUUAUUCCUUUUCUAAUCAUAACUUGCUUUAUAGCUGGUGAUGAUUCUGCAUUUUGAUAUCUUGUGAUAUCCUUUUUCUUGUCUAUUUUAAUAAUUUGUCCUAUUGCCUUGAUUGUAAGAGCUUUGCUAUACUAUGAGAUGAAAUGGUAAAAUCUAAUUUCAAAAUUUUAAUGUUCUUAAGAGCAUAAAAAAGACUACGUAUAUGAAAUUUUGUUCUUAUUUAGGAAGAGAAAAAUGGUGGUGAGCUUGUGGGAGAAAUAGAUUUUUAUAUGGCUACUCAUUUGAACAAAGAUGGCAAAUAUGUUGAUGAAGAAGCAGAAAGUACAGUGAAAAAGGCCAAAGAAAUGCACACAGAGAGGUUAGCAACUAGCUCAUUAGAUGCAAUAUCCCUACAACAUUGGUGUAGCAUUGGUGUAUUCUGUUUUUAGGACUUAAACAUUUGGAUAUUAUUGUUAUAUUUUCUCUAGACAUAAAAAAAUUAAGCAUUCAAUGAUAUGUCAAUUUUGUGUAGAUUUUUGAUUAAUUGAUGUUAUAUUUGGUUUGAUUAAUUGUGCUUGAUCUUAGAUGGUUUUGUCAACAAAUAGGUAGUGUUUUG